CUGGUGCCCGAUGUUGAUCGGGCGUGUUUCCUCGGUCGUGCGGGAGUAAACAGUCGUGAACGCGCAAGUCGUCGGCAACGGCGGAGCCGUCGUGAACUUGGCGAGGACUCAGCCGCGUUUAUUUACUACGUGCGAGCGAAAGAGACAGCGACGCGAAUGGGCGGGAGGGAGAGAGAAUGUGUCAUGUGUGGGAAAGAGAAAGAUGGAGAGUUUGAGACGAAGAACGACGUUAAACGAACGCAUGAGCGAUUUCCAUGGAAUGCGAGAUAAAAAUCGGAACUGCGUCGCGUCGUGAUAAGAAGACGCUGACGUAUACGCGAUUAAUUCCAAUUUCUAACAGAACUGCUGGAUCGUUUGCUCCUCGAAUGGGUAAAAAGAGACAGAAGGAGGAGGAGGGAAGUAGCAUAGACAGAGAGGAGAACGAUAACAUGCGAGAAUGCAAGCGAGAGGGAGCUCGUGUGUACAUAAACGUCCGUUCAGUCGCACGUUUCUGCACUUUAUUUCCUUCUAUUCUGUGCUAUUUGCCUCGGCCCAAUCGCAAGUGCAGCCAAAACGAACGAACCUCUAGUUGCGCAUUCGAUCCCAAGAUAGUGCUAAGAUUAGGAUCGCGGAAUGCAGGCCGAGUUGAUGUACCGAAAACCUACGACGAUGAUGAGCUCGUCUGGUCAUGGCGGUUUUCAUCGCGUCGGAAGUGGUAGUCGGGGAAGCAGCGGCCGGGACUCCCGGGAGACCAUACACUCCGGCCACUUUAUGGUGUCAGACUUCGAAGCCGAGGCUCAGGACGACGAAGACGAACUGGCUGUGCCGGUGCCCGACGAGGAAAUCACCGCUAGGCUGUCGAUCAUCGCUCAACCCGGUUUUGCCGUCGAGCGAUUCAUCGCCAACUCGUACGACAAGAGCUCGCAGCAGUUGAGCAUUGAGACAUCCUUGAACAAGCUCUUCCAGUGUAUGUCCCUCGCCUACAGACAGAAGCUGACAUCGCCCAAGUGGAAUCGCUUCAAAGGCAUCAGACUGCGAUGGAAAGACAAGAUCAGACUGAACAACGUCAUCUGGAGAUGCUGGCACAUGCAGUUUAUAUUGAAGCAAAACACAUUGGUAUGCCAAUUCGCGUCACCACUUGACGUCGAUACUCACAACAAACCCGAGGCGGUGGUCUUAGAGGGAAAAUACUGGAAGCGAAAGCUCGCAGCGGUCACAGCAGAGUACAAGAAAUGGCGUAUGUUCUAUCGGAACAAGAUCCUCGGCUGGACGAACAAGGAUGGCACCGAGAUGAUGGAAUCAAUGGACAUGCUGGAUUGGGACAGUGGAAGCGUAAUUGCCGGGAACUACGGGACGGGUACAGGCAGUACGCCCGAAAACAACAGCGGGGCUCCAGGCGGAGAAAGCAUGAUGGUUGACGAGGACUACAUGGAAUUGAUGACCGAUACCCUUUUCUCGACCAUCAGUUCCAAUCAACCGAUAUACUUUCCUGAUCCUAGAGAAAUCGCCCGAGGUGCCAGUUUAGCCGACUUCAUUCAACCUAGUUUGGGUCCUCUACAACCGCAACUCGAUGAUAUCAUGGACACGCUGAACAAACUGGAGCCGCUGCAAGAAUUCCUAAAUUCGAAAUUGCCUCCAGUUCCUGAGGAGGAUGAUAUGUUUCGGAACAGCAGUCUAAAUGCUAAUUAUUCCGACUUAGACUUGAUGACCCCGAUUACUCAGAUGAACGAACUAAACGAGGAUCCGACGAUGAAGAACGAACAAAGUCCACAACAGCAACAGUCGCUGGUUCAGGAAGCACAGGACGCUAACAUGCAGAAUCUCCAUUACACCGCCAAGAUAUAUACUCAGCCCCAGCCUGAAUCAUCGAGUGUUUACAGGAAUAGCAUAGCUAUGUCUGAAAAUUACAACGCUAUUCAGCAAAACUUCGAGACAUCCGUCACGAGUCAACCGACGACGCGAGAGAAAAGUCGGAGUAGUAGUAGAGCGACGUCGUCGAGAAGUAGCCGCGUGAUACAGCAAUCCCAACAGCAGCACGUACCAAGUACGUACCAAGCGGGCGCGCAGCAAACGCAGAAUUCCGGGUUCCAGUCGUCGCAGACGCAAUCAUCUUACGCAAUGGAAAUACAAUUAACGCCCGUGCAGAAUCAGCAACCGGUGCAGAUCACAACGCUAAACGAUCAGUCGGUUAACGUUAAUCAGAUAUCGUCGAUCGUCGCCGCCGCAGCCGCGGCCAGUCAUGUGCAGAAUCUGGUGACUGUGCAACAUAACUUCACACAGGCCGCGAAUUCAUCGUUGCAAACACAGCAACGAGCAAUAAGGCCUUUGCCACCAACACCACCGAUGUCUACGAAACCGUACAAGAUCGUGCAACCGCAGCAGUGCUACAAGUUCCCGAACCUGACUCAGAAUUUCAACGCUCAACAGUGUAAAUUUAACACCAAUAAUUUCAAGACACAUCCUACGCAACAAGUGAUAUCGGUAUCAACGGAGCAGCCGUCGCAGUCGCAGAUGUUACUGCGAUGCAGGCCUUCUGGACUAGAUCUCACCGCGCCUGCCCUACACCCUACCAAACUACUACCUCAACCUAUUACGUCCAACGCGGAAACAGAAGAGAUCUUCGCCAUACCUAAGUACCAAAUAAAGGGAAGGAACAGAUCACGUAGCAGCUCGUCCCUAGCAGCACCUAGGAUACAUCCACCGUUAGUAUCUGCAGUGAGCGACCCAGCUCUAAAUCUAAAUAACAACGUCUUACUUGCGCACUUACUCACAAACGCUUCGUCCACGCAAGUGACAACUGCGCAACACAUUACGACUCCAGUGACGGUUCAAACUAUGCAGACUUCCAGCAUACAACAAGUACAACCACAACAGCAGGCGAUGCAACCUUCCGCUUGCAGCCAACAGAUUCUUUUAAACACGAACAAUCAAACACAUCAACCCCAAAAUAGUCCCGGCUCACCGAAAGACUCAAACGUUCAUAGUCCGCAAGCACUGAGCCUCAGUCCUCUACACAGCCCUAUGAAUAUAGGUAGCCCUUUGUCACCUAGUCGCGGAUACAUGAAGGGUGACUCAGAAAGGGGACAAUAUAAGGAACAGAGGAGGGUCGGCCAUAUUCACGCGGAGCAGAAACGUCGAUAUAACAUUAAGCAUGGAUUUGACAUGCUGCACAGCCUGAUUCCGCAACUCAGUCAGAAUCCUAACACAAAACUAAGUAAAGCUGCGAUGUUACAGAAAGGGGCAGACUAUGUUAGACAGCUGAAAGCGGAAAAGAAUCAAAUGGCCGAGGAAAUGGACAACUUGGAGCAACAAAUCAAGUGCCUUAAAGAGUCUAUUAGUAAUUGUCAAUCUAUGCUUCCUGCAACGGGUGCCCCAGUUUCUAGCCAUAGAACAAGCAAGAUGAAAGAGAUGUUUGACGAAUACGUGCGUACGCGCACACAAGAGAACUGGAAAUUCUGGAUUUUUAGCAUAUUAUUAGAACCGCUAUUGUUGUCCUUUGAUGCUUCCGUCUCGACUGCGAGUGUAAACGACUUGAAGAAGAGUACAAUAUCGUGGGUCGAGCAACAGUGCUCACUCGCCCGCCUUAGGCCAGCUGUUUUGGAGACUCUGAGGCAGCUGUCUACUCAAACUGAUAUUUUAUCAAACCCAGCCCGCCUACCCGAAGAAGCACUUGAAGCGAUCAAUCAAACGAGACGCCGGUCCUCUACACAGUGACCAAGUGCGCGAUUUUGUUGCAACGUUGUUCGUGUUGUAUAAAGAAAGUUCAAGAUUUAGAUAUAUACGAAGACGGAAAGGAUAGUUACCGUAUAGUUUAAGUCAGCCUAUGCAAGAAAAAAAGAAAGGAAAUUAUCGAGACCGGUACAGUAGAUUUACGAGACGUCGCUUAACACAACGACGCGGGCGAGAAUUUAAGUGCAAUUCCUCUUUUUAUUGCAAAACGUUACGUUGAAGUUCUUAAAAAUCUGUCGCGACGGAUUAUAUAAGGCACGUUUUAUAUAACGUAUUUGAAUAAAAUACACACGUGUAUAUUACCCAUUAUCAGUACCACACUGUCAUCACUAUAUAUGUAUAUACACCAAAAUAUGUACUGAUAUAGCCAUCGAUGUGGCCGCGCACAAUCAUUCGCAGAUAAUUAUUUUAUUUUACAAUAAAAUAAUUACAUGUGUAGUUUCACAUUUAUUUCGCGCGAUUAUAUAUGCACUAUAUAUCUAUAUACCAAAAGUCAGAAAAUAUUCUAUAAUUACUACCUUUACAAUGAAUUAAAGAACAUUAUAGUACUCGCAAUGGUUAUUUACGCUUAUGAAAUUUACGUUUAUGAAAUUUCGUAAUAUAUGAUAAAAUUUAUUCCACUGUUUUUAGAAAUGUUUCGUUCAAGUAAUAGAAAUUUUUUAAUUUACAAUGAUCGUAAAUCAAUUAUAAAGGGGGAAUACAUGGACGCCCGUAAAAAUUCUUUUUUCAUAAAUAAUUAGAUUACAUCGAGCAAAGAUGAGAGAUGUCUCAAACAUCAGUUAUUUUUGUUGUGAAAUCACUAUGCUGUCGUACUUAUACAGUUGUAUAAAUAUGACUAAAAGUUACGUGAUAUUAAAAUAUUUCUAUGCCACCAAUUAUAUCCUAUUGUCAAAGAUAUGGAUCAGUGCCAUAAAUCAUUAUUGUUCUGACAGACUGCAGUCCAAGACAGUUGUAAAGGGAUAACUUUUUGAAGGAUAUGGCUUGAGGUAUAAAAAUACAAGUAACUUUUUAAGACGCAAGCUAUCAAACUUGGUGAUAGCAUUUAAUAAAUUGCGCUGCUAUUGAAUUGUCCUACACUGAUGCGCCAGCAAAGGAAAUUACACAUCCAUCGAUGAUUACGUGGACGAUAAAAAAGGGUUGCUCAAACACGUAACACUUAUGUUCACAACGUUAUGCAAUAUAAGAUCUUUAAUAUGAAAAUAUCAUGUGAUAAUGUACAAAUCAUUUACAAAAAUGUUUGACUACCGAAUAGAUCUUAAGCUACAGAGGGCUUCUGUAUAUUGCAGCGUCUUUAUUAACGUCUCUAUUAAAAUUAUAUCGAAUAAUGAAGAAAACAAAACAUGUUUAAUAUUCUGAGUUGUUACAUUCUGUUUUUUCUUUUUUUUUUUAAUCGUUUUUUUUAAUCGUUUUUUUUAGUCGUUUUCAUGUGUACUCUAAAAUGAUUCGUUGUUCAAAAGACUAUGCACGAUACGAUAUACAGAUGCUCUCAUCUGAACUUACAAUGUAUAUGUACAUGUGUAAGUGAUAGGUAAUAUAAGUGAACUCAGCGAAAGGGAUGUUCUUUUGUACAAUAUGUAUCAUAUAAUCAUAAGGACUCAUAUAUUGUUAUUACUUCAAUGUUACAACAUGAAGAAACCUGAA